UGUGCUUGAGUUGUCAAUGAUGGCUACUUCAUUGAAGCAUGAGGCUUUCCAUAAGAACCUCGAAUGUCCUAUCUGCCUGAGCUUCUUCAAGGAACCCAAGAACCUGACCUGCUCUCAUACCUUCUGCAAGGGUUGUCUUGAGACUCUCCUGGAGUCUCGUGGAAAGUUGUCGUGUCCUACGUGCAGGAAGAAGACUUCGGUUCUUGGUGGAGACGUGGGUAGACUGCAAUCAAACAUAACAGUCAGAUCACUUGUUGAAGAUGUGGGGACCAAGGGCCAGGUCUGUUCCUACAGUAAUCAAGAAAACGAAUCAUUGCCAAGAAAAAGGAACAAAUGUCGAAAACAUCCGAACUACGAUGAAGAAUGUUUUUGUCUCAACUGUAACAAGUACGUCUGCUGCAUGUGUGGCUUAUUAGAGCAUGCAAAGGAUGCUCACACUAUCAUGGAAGCAGGCGUGCAUGAAACUGAGCAAAAGAAUCACGUCGAGGAACUUUCAUCCAAAGCGGAUGCAAAGAUACGCAACGUUGACAAGUAUUUUACUUUCAUCGAAGACCAGCGUAAAAAGCUGCACAACGUACAGGAACAACUCAAUUGCGAAAUAGAUGCAUCUUUCGAGGAAUCAGUUGACAAAUUGAAGGAAAGAAAGAGGGUGUUGAAAAAUGAAAUUGAGAACAAGCUAGGAAAACUUAAGACUUCAUUGGGAGACAUGGCGAAGCCGAUACGUAAGCAGAUAGACGAGAUUAAGAAGGUUCUGGACUUGGUUAAGGAUGGUCUUAAUUUUCCUCUCCAGACAGAGGCUCUGACCUCACAUAAAGCGAUGUGUCAACAGCUGGAAGAGCUUCUAAACCAUAUCAGGCCAGAUGUGGAGCUGCCCAGAAGAACUGCUGAGGAAGGUGAACAAAUUGGCUUCAGGAGUCAGGGAUCGGAUGAACUCCAGUUGGGCCAGCUAAGACAAAAGAAGUCUAAAUGGGUUCUGCGCACGGCAGCUCCACUGCCUGCGGGAAAAAGGAUGAGCGGGAUGGUAAUAUCACCUAACAAUGAGAUGGCUGUAGGUUAUGUCGAGGGAGGAAUAGCCACAUAUUCCCCUGAGGGCAUCAUAAAAGAUACCAUUCUGAAAUCUGUUAAAGUUAGUGCCUUACACUUCAUGCCUGAUGGUGGAUACGUGAUACGCGAUAAUAAUAACAGAAUCUCCUCGUACACAGAAUUUUGUGAAAAGCUUGAUGUAACGUUUGAAACAAUGAAAUGUGAGGUAGUCGGUCUCACUGUAGGCAAGAAUGGGCUGAUCUUCAUGAGUUACUAUGGAUGCAGGACAAUACAAGUAUUUAAGCCAGAAGGGGGAAGGCCAUAAGAGAGAUAACGUGUGACGGAUUUCAACCACGCCAGAUGUUUGCGAUGACAUCCAGUCAAGAGAUUGUCGCUAAUAUGAGUUCAUCUGUU